GACGUGUUCAUCCAGGGCGACUAAAGCAAGAAAAUACAGCUAGGUUUGAAAUGCAAGCACUCUGUUGUUUUUGGGAAGGACUCAUUCAUGCAUAUUGGAGAAGGUAUAAUUGAAUCAAGCUUGGCAGUGUUUCAGCCAGUAUGCAGCAGCAGAGCUGAGCUUAAAGGUCGCUGGAAAUCAAGUGCUUGGUAAGUGAAUGCAGUUGGAGUACAAGCGAUCCAAGAUGAUUUAGAAACCGUGGAGUCAGGAAUGGUUUGUUUGUCUCAUGACGUGCACUGCUCUACCCUGUGGCUCAUCAUUUUGUUGUGUUUGACUGGGACACAUGAGGCAGUUUUGUGUGCAUCCCCGCAGUGUAAUACAAACGUUCUACAUGUUUUACUGCUGCUUCUGGGCUGCUCCUGGAAAGAGAGAGAAUUGCACAUCUGAAUUCGUAAUAUGUACAGAAAGAACAAAUGGCACGUCGGUUAAGACUGCAUUUUGCUACCAGAAGAAGUAACACUGAUCCGUUGCCAGAAAGCUCCGGAGAUGGCCCGGAUAGUGAUAUCCACAUGUGCUUUCAAAGACUCUCCCAAUCGGCAGCCCCGAGUGUGAUACAGAUGAGGCUCUCUCCACGGCAAACCAUACAGCUUUCAUCUUCACCAGAAUUUGUACAAUCGCAGCAAGGUAAUUCUGUUUCACCACCUAGCAAAAAAAGCACAUCUGUGCAGAUUUCUUUACAGCCCAGUAAAAGCAAUAUAUGUCCUCAAUCUGGCAACACAGAACUUUGUACAGAAGACCUUUCAUUCGUCAGUGCUUACAAAGAUGGGAUAAAUUGCAGUUCUAAUAUGAGCAGGAAUUAUAGCUGUCACCCAGUCGUAAAUGACACCAGCUUCCAAACUAAUGCCUCAGCUGAACACGGCAGUUCCAGUAGCAUCGCUACUAGUGACAAUGGAUCAUUUAGUAGCAACAGCAGUGAUUACGGAUCGUGUACAAGUACAACAAGUGACAUCGAUUCAUGUACGAAUAGUAUUCUAAGUGACAAUAGUAGCUGCACUCUUUCUCUAGGAGAUGCCAGUUAUUUAAGUAAUAUGCUUAAUAGCAAUGCAUCUGGUUUGAAUGCAGAAAUGAUUUCUUCCAAAAACAAUCGUGUGCAACAGGUUUUAUCUAGAUGUAAAAGUACAUUUCCUUUUGACCAAGAUGAACUAGACAAAAAGGUGAAUAUGGCAAGUCUGCCAUCAAGAAAGAAAACAAAGCUUCCUCUCCGGCGCUGUUCUUCAUUGGUUAUCUUCCCUCGUAGCCCUUCUGAGACACCGCCAACCUCUCCAACUACUUUAAGCCCUCCAUUAAACAGAGGUCCCUAUCAAACCUCCUACCAAUUUAUGCUUUGUUCUAAUGAGCUUGCACAAAAUGAAGAUCAAACAUUAUCGAAGGGAUUUCUUUCAACCGCUGUCAAUGGAGUUCGCCUUUCCAAAAACGCUUGCACUGUUGGUGAAGCUAGAGAUGUUAAACCACUUUACUUGAAUGACUCCUUACAAGGGGGUGUCUAUCCGUCCCAUGGCCUUCAGAAGACACAAACUGUAGAGGAUGGAUUUCCUUGUAUUUCAGUGCAUGUUUCUCACCAGAGACCAUUGUUGACGAGCAACAAAUCUACUGGAGAGCAGGUCACAUCAAGCGGGCAUGUCGAGGAAUCCCAGCUUAACAAUGGAACUCAGUCACAUCAUCACAUCCGCCUCUUACGCAGUGCUUCCUCAUGUUCGUCUUCAAAUAAAAUUACUGAAUGCCAGAUCACUAUUAAUGGAGACCGUGGGUGCACAAGUGUUACUAAUAACAAAUCAAGCCAUCUUUUCCAAAGAAGUGUAUCUGAAGGACCUCCCCCAAAACUAUCCCCUUCUAGUCUUAAGUAUAAUUAUCCAAAGUUAGGGUCAUCCCAUUUGCACAUACAGUUUGCACCUGGAAGUGAAAGCAGGAUUAGUAGCUUUAAAAGACAAUCCAUAAGAACCCCCUCUAGUGAUGGGGCUGGUAAGCCCUAUGUGAAAUGCUACAAGACCAGAGAUGACUUUCUUGGUCAAGUGGAUAUUCCUCUUUACCAGUUUCCGACAGAAAAUCCCCGGUUGGAGCGACCAUAUACAUUUAAAGACUUCAUCCUUCAUUCACGAAGUAACAAAUCUAAAGUCAAGGGAAAUCUUAGGCUUAAAAUGACUUAUUUACCGAAAAGCAGUGGAUCAGAAGAUGAAAACACAGAGCAAGGUGAAGAGAUUGAGCCUGGCUGGGUUAUAUUGGACCAACCAGAUGCUUCUUGCCAACCACAGCAGCAGGAAUUUUCUCCGCUACCUCCAGGCUGGGAAGAAAGACAAGAUAUUCUUGGCAGAACUUACUAUGUCAGCCAUCAAUUUAAAAGAACACAGUGGCAGAGGCCUACCAUUCAAGACGGCACUGCUGGUCCAGAAAGUGGCAGGGUUCAAUUACAGGCACAGCAUGCGUUUACUACUCGAAGGCAAAUCUCUGAGGAAACGGAAGGCCUGGAACUCAAAGAUUCUCCUGAGAGCUGGGAAAUUAUUACAGAGGAUGAUGCUACUGUGUCCAGCAAUCAUAGCAUUCAACCAGCAUCUAGAAAUGAUCUCCAAGAACAAGUCACUGAGUUCAGUGCAAGACUCCACAUUUCUGGCAAUGUAGUUAGUGCCAGGGAGAGCUCAAGCACUGUCCAUUCCAACAGAAGAGAGAGCUUGCAAUCCUAUACACACGAAGAACUGCCUACGUUACCAGUUUUAAUACCCACAUCUUCUGGGUUACCGCCUGGUUGGGAAGAGAAACAAGAUGAAAAAGGGAGGUCAUAUUACAUAGAUCACAACAGAAGAACCACUACAUGGGAGAAGCCUGAAUUUCAGAUACCUGUGGAUAUGUCACAGCUGUCCCCCAACCAAAAUGGCCACAGCAGUCAUCAACUACAGAUGCCAACAAUUGAAUCCAGUAAGCCAUCAGUGGACCAGGAUCUGGGACUUUUUCAAAAGGGCUGGGAAAUGAGGCACGCACCGAGCGGACGGCCUUUCUUCAUCAAUCACAUCACUAAAACUACUACAUGGGAUGACCCACGGUUGAGAAUUCCAGUUCAACUAAGGCCAAGGCCACCUAUCGAUCUUGCAGAUCUGGGUCAACUACCACCUGGCUGGGAAGAGAGAACUCACAGUGAUGGCCGAGUAUUCUAUAUUGAUCACAACACAAAAAGAACUCAGUGGGAGGAUCCACGCUUACUGACUGUCGCAAUAACAGGACCAGCUGUGCCUUAUUCCCGGGAUUACAAAAGAAAAUAUGAGUACUUUCGUAAAAAGUUAAAGAAGCAGCUUGAUAUCCCUAAUCGGUUUGAAAUGAAGCUGCGCCGUACGGCCAUUUUUGAAGAUUCUUACAGAAAGAUAAUAUCCGUAAAGAGGCCAGAGCUGCUUAAAGCACGUCUCUGGAUUGAAUUUGACAGUGAAAAAGGCUUGGAUUACGGGGGAGUUGCCAGAGAAUGGUUCUUUCUGAUUUCUAAAGAAAUGUUUAACCCUUAUUAUGGCCUCUUUGAGUAUUCUGCAGCUGACAAUUAUACUUUACAGAUCAAUCCAAAUUCCGGACUGUGCAAUGAAGAUCACCUUUCUUAUUUUAAGUUUAUUGGUCGUGUGGCUGGGAUGGCAGUUUACCAUGGAAAGCUUCUAGAUGGGUUUUUCAUCCGCCCAUUUUAUAAAAUGAUGCUUCAAAAGGCAAUAACACUGAAUGACAUGGAAUCUGUGGACAGUGAAUAUUACAAUUCUCUCCAGUGGAUACUAGAGAAUGAUCCCACAGAACUAGACAUACGAUUCACUGUGGAUGAGGAACUUUUUGGACAGACUCAUCAACAUGACCUUAAACCCGGUGGGACAGACAUAGUAGUAACCAACAAGAACAAGAAAGAGUAUAUACAUCUGGUCAUACAGUGGAGGUUCGUGAACAGAGUACAGACACAAAUGGCGGCAUUUAAAGAGGGCUUUUUUGAACUGAUUCCUCAGGAUCUGAUCAAAAUAUUUGAUGAAAAUGAGUUGGAGCUGCUUAUGUGUGGUUUGGGAGACGUAGAUGUGAACAACUGGAGAGAACAUUCAAAGUAUAAAAAUGGAUACACAGCCGGACACCAAGUUAUACAAUGGUUUUGGAAGGCUGUAUUAAUGAUGGAUGCUGAGAAGAGGAUUCGCUUGUUGCAGUUUGUCACUGGUACCUCCCGGGUACCUAUGAAUGGAUUUGCUGAGCUCUAUGGCUCAAAUGGACCACAGUUGUUUACAGUUGAAAAAUGGGGAUCCCCAGAGAAACUUCCAAGAGCACACACAUGUUUUAAUCGCCUGGACUUACCACCUUAUGAGUCAUUUGAGGACCUAUGGGACAAGCUACACAUAGCAAUAGAAAAUGCUCAAGGAUUCGAUGGGGUGGACUGAGGAGAGGAGUACAUAAAGUGCUAAGAAGUGCUACGUUUACAAUUGAAAAUAGUCUUCUUCCCAGGGAACGUCUCUAUUUUUGCAACUUUAUUCAGAAUUUCUCCUAUUUCUAAAAGGAGAUGACCAGAAAGAUGUCCCUCUGUAAUUGCACACGCCAAGCUUGCAUGUACUCCACGCACAGAUAUUAUGUUUCUCCAAAAUAACACCUCAAGUAGGAACGUUAGUAUGAUGAUUACCUCUUAAUCAAGACAUGCAAUUAACUUGGCCAUUAAAACUACUGAAGUAUAAACUGUGAAAAGAGCAUAAGUCAUGUAAUCAUUCAAAGGAUUAGUCUGACCAUUUCACUUACUGUAAAAAUGACUUCCUAACCCAAGACUUUGUUACUAUAGCCUACUUCCUGUGCAGGCUAUGCUGACAAUUCUCUAAGGCUUUAAACUAAGAAAAGUCACAUGUUCUGAACAAGUGUGUAUUGUGGCUCUCUGCUGAAUAAGGGAGACAGUGUUACGAUGCAGCCUAUCCGUAUUGUAGUGAUGCUGCAAUGUAUUGUCAGUGGUCUUUCUCACUGAAACAAUAGCAAUGUCAUGGUAGAGAUUGUGUUGGGAAUGCUGCAUACACAGCGGGUAAAGCAGUUACCCAAAGCUCUGCUAUGUAAAUGGAAUUAUCCAUGUUUUUUCCCUUGGAUAAGUAGGGCAUUUUAGCAGAUUGUCUCUAAGGAGUAGCUUAAAACUCUACCACUUACACUUGUCAUUGUAUGUGACUUUAUUUCUUAGUAAAUCACAAGCCUAGCAAAAACUGCCAUUCUGCACUGAUGUGCCCCAUUAAGGGUGAUGCAGUCUUACUCCAGUUAGGAAUUCUGUCUCGGCACUUGACAUGCUUUCAGUGAGCAUUGAAUCAGUGUGAUGCUAUGUGCAGUAAAAUUCCAAGAAGUAGAUGUUCCUCAAUAAUAUUGAGUUUUUGUAAGUGGUCACAUGAUGUUUAUGGCAAAGCCUUCUGAUGUGCAAUUACAUGAUGCCACACAACAAAGCUCCCUAAAUUACUUUUAAAACUAAAAUGAGUGAUCUUCCCGUUUUAGCAUAAAUGCACUCGUAGCUGCUUCAGGCUGUGUAAUGUUCUUAAUUACAAGAUACUUUGAAACCUAUCCCCUGCCAAUACAAAUGAUUUGAUUCAUCUUUAUUUUAUGAGUCACGCUGCCCCAGAAACCAUUAAUAUUCCCCUUCCAGUUUUCUUUUCUUUUGCUUAUGUGUGUUUUUAUUUUAACUUUGGACAUUUUCUCACGUUAGUUAAUUAGAAGGAUCGGUUAUAUAUAUUUUUUUUGUUAUGAAAUUUUUUUUUGUUUCACAGUUCUUUUUUGGACAUAAAUAUGUACAUUUAAAUAAUUUCAUUUUUGUUGGACACUUCCAUUACCCCCGGGUGUGCACACAUUAAUUCUUGCAGCCUUGCACAGUUACACAGUACAGACAUGUUUACAAAGUUUUAUACGUUUACGGUUACUCUAGUUUAUAAUUUUUUUUAUAUCUAUAUUAAAUCCUUCACUAGCCUGGUUACCAAAUAAUGUGUUACAAUACAAAAUAACCAAAGUCAUAAUGUAAUAAUGUGAGAAUACUUGUAGUUUUGUUCUUUCUUGUAAGUCUUUUUUUCUACACUUAAAUUAUUUUCCUACAUGAAAAUGUUAAAGUUGUUUUUACUUUGAUAAUCUAAGAACAAUUUCCAGUUUCAAUUCUUCUAAAGCAUCUUGCAACCUUCAGGCAAAUAUUUUGUUUUUAAAGUCUAUCCAUUGCUUACUUACAUUACCUAUAGACAUGGGCAUUCAGUCCAUCAGUCCUGUACUAUUUAGGCAUGCCUCCAUCACAGGACUUGUAUGCUGAAUAUUGGGUCAUUGGGUACACUUUGGCAAUACUUUCAAUGCCUCUGACACAUUACUUCUUGAUAACCCUCUCACAAACUUUGCAUUUGAUUGUAAAUUGCGUUGUAUACUUGCAAACUUGAAUUGGGGGCUGAUAUGUUUCUAUGCAAUAAUAAAUAUGCAACUGUAAAUUACACACAGUAAAUGACAAUCACUGGAAGCUGGUGAUUAUAAACAAUCCUGAACAUAGGGACUACUGCAGUCAUCAUACUAUAGCGAUAAGGGAGCGGUUACCUGGAACGUUUAGAACUUGGGGUUCUCUCGGUGUGUUAUUUCCAUAGCUGUAACCAUUACUAUAAAAUAUAGUAAAUUAAAAUUACAUGUAAAAAUGGCCCUAGACACCUCAUUGUUAAUAGGCAAUACUCCUCACUUGGUGAUCAUCACAAAACAUCAUUUAUCCACCCCUCCUCCUCCUGAUUCUUGGCACUUUUUGCAGGAGAGACCCCAUACCUUGUACUAACAGGUGGGUGAAAAUAGUGGCUGGUUUUCUUGUUCUACCCAACGUAUUCACCUCUAUAGCAUUUACAGCUCUAUUGACCAGUGAUCUGACCUCAGCUGCUUAUCGUGACGUGAACACAUUGUAUGGCUGCUUUUCACUCCACCACUGUUCUAGGGGCCUGCAGCGUAUUCAUAGCAAUACAGUGCAGACCACACACUAGAGAAGGGGUCAAGCACCUUACUGCUUUCUGUAAUUUGAAGAAAAUAUAUUUUGUCCUUAUAGGGUUUUGUAGUUUUCCAUUCAUUGUGUUUUUGGUCUUUUAUGGCUGCAUCUUAUUCUUCGAAAGUGUUAAAUGUAAAUAACUAAUAAUUUAUAUGAAAUUGAAAUGAUUGUAUAGUAACAGUCAGAUAUUUUGUACAAAUCCGCUGCAGUAGAGAAGCAAAUGUUAUCAUUUGAAAUGUUGGAAUAUCUGUUUCAUAAUUUUUAGCCUGAAAUGCUUACACAGUAUUUAUCCUGAAGCAGUAAAUAAAUUUAUUCUAUUAUCGUU